UUUAAAAAAGAAACCCUUCCUUAGAAAUAAUCCUUAAAAAAUGAAGGAGGAAUGCAAUGUAGACGUACCCAGAAAUACUCACUUCCACCCUGCACAGCUCGUCCCUGGCUGCAGCCAGCCCCAUCUCAAGCAUUUGUCCAGCUUCCUGGGCAAAAGCUGUCACCUGGUCACACACCCUUCCCAGACUCGGAUUGCCAUGAGCCUGGGCGAUUGUGAACCUGCUGGCCUGGGCAUCCUCAGGAAUUUGGGUGAGUCACCUGCAAAUUUUCAUCCCCAUCUAGAUAGUGGUGUAGUACCGAGAGAAACUGAGGCACACAAAGGGGUUAUGACGGCAAUAGAAAUUGCAUGCAACAUCAAAAAGUGAACAGAAUGAAUACAAUCCAGACUGUCUCAUCCCCCACUAUAUUCUGCCCCAGAAGUCUGCUGCUCUUAAGAUGUCCUCUGUUGGAUUAAUUGAGUUCAGGGAAUGUUCCUUGUGACACAUACUUUUCCCAGACUCAAUGGGCCUUCACCUUGCCUGAUCUCAACCCUUGCAGGACUCCCCAUUCCCAGACUUGACCUGAUUGCCCGGCUGGAACGAGGGGAAGAGCCUUGGGUCCCAGAUCUCCAGCCUGCCAAAGAAAUGGAAGUCCUGAAAGGCACCCGCAUAGGUGAAGAGUCAGGGAAACUGACACACAAACCUUCUGAAGGUGCUAGGACAGUGGGGGAGAACAAUGAGGAAAAUCUACAGCAGGAAGGUUCUGGAACCAUAGUAUCACAGGGAACAUUUUUGGAAGGAGCUGAAGGGGAUUUUCCCCAGUGUGUAGAACAGGGGGAAGCCUGGGAAAAUCAACACAAGGCAGAGAAGAAGCUGGAGAACAAUUCAAGCAGGAAAGCAGAGGAAUCCAUUGAAUGUAGGGGAGGAUCCCAGGAUCCCAAGGAAACUUCAGCCCAGCAGUCAAUUUGCAAUGAAAAGAAACCCUGUGAAUGCUCAGACUGUGAGAAAAGAUUGAGUGAGAAAUCAGGCCGUAUUCUGCCACAGAGAGGGCACACAGAAGAAAGGCUGUGCAAGUGCCUGGAGUGUGGAAAAAGUUUGAUUGAACUGUCAUCCUGUAUUGAACAUGAGAUUAUCCAUCAAGGAGAGAAAUCCCAUAAUUGCCUUGAGCGUGGGAAAAGCUUCACUUUGAGAUCACACCUUAGUAGACAUCAGCAAACCCACACCAGAAAGAGGCCAUAUAGAUGUUUGGAAUGUAGGAAAAGCUUCAGUCAGAGUUCACACCUUAUUAUCCAUCAGGGAGUGCACAUAGGAGAGAGACCAUAUAAAUGCCAUGAAUGUGGGAAAGUUUUCAUUAUGCGUUCAGCUUUUACUGUCCGUGAGAGAGCCCACACAGGAGAGAGACCAUAUAAAUGCCAUGAGUGUGGGAAAGGUUUCACUCAGCAAUCAGCCCUUACUGUCCAUGAGAGAACCCACACUGGAGAAAGACCAUAUAAAUGCCAUGAAUGUGGGAAAGAUUUUACUAUGCGUUCGGCCCUUACUGUCCAUGAGAGAGCCCACACAGGAGAGAGACCAUAUAAAUGUCAUGAAUGUGGGAAAGGUUUCAUUCAGCAAUCAGCCCUUACUGUCCAUGAGAGAGCCCACACUGGAGAGAGGCCAUAUAAAUGUCAUGAGUGUGGGAGAGGUUUCAUUCAGCAAUCAGCCCUUACUGUCCAUGAGAGAGCCCACACAGGAGAGAGACCAUAUAAAUGCCAUGAAUGUGGGAAAGGUUUCACUCAGCGAUCAGCGCUCACUAGUCAUGAGAGAACCCACACUGGAGAGAGACCAUACAAAUGCCACGAGUGUGGGAAAGACUUUACUAUGCGUUCAGCCCUUACUCUCCAUGAGAGAGCCCACACAGGAGAGAGACCAUAUAAAUGCCAUGAAUGUGGGAAAAGUUUCACUCGACUACCAGACCUUACUGUCCAUGAGAGAACCCACACUGGAGAGAGACCAUAUAAAUGCCCUGAGUGUGGGAAAAGUUUCAGUCGUCGAUCAGCCCUUACUCUCCAUGAGAGAACCCACACAGGAGAGAGACCAUAUAAGUGCUUUGACUGUGGGAAAAGCUUUGAUCGCACCUCAUAUCUUACUAGGCAUCAGAGAAUCCACAUGUCUCCUGCAUCAGCAAAUCCCUCAGGGAAGACCCUAGGGAUGUUAAAUAUCAGUUAAUUGACUAGUUGAGUAACCUCAUGAAUUUUUAUUGCUUAGUUGAUUAUUUUAUAUCCCUGGGCGUGGGGCUGGCAGUCAGUUUGACUCACUCCCAAGGAGCCCCCUUCCAGUCUGUGCUGCUGCCUCUGUAUCAGAGGCAGCAGUAUAAGGUGCCAGGCAUUAAAAGGUUUAAAAACCGGCUCCCCUCGUGGCCUAGCAGCCUGUCACCCAGUGCUGUUGCCUCUGUAGUCUAAAUGUAGCCUAUCAAUGUUUUAUUAGAAAAAGUACAUAAAUUGCACUCUGCAAUUUGCAUACCUUUUCCCAGGAGUUUUGUCAGAAGAGGCUUUUCCAAAAUUUAGCUCUUCUAUAUUGGGCCAAAUUUUGGAAAAACCUCCUCUUUUGGG